CCAAACGCCGCCGCCUGCGGCGAGCACACCGGCGCGUUCGGGCCCGGCAUCCGGUCCCCCGUCGCGGGGUUAAUCCUGUUCUCCUCCAUCCACUUCCAGUUCUCCCUAUCGAGCUCGGGCCACUCGGACCUGAACUUCGCGCCGCCGUCGCCGGCCUUGAUGGCGCCGUUGCCCUUGGGGACGGGCAUGCCGGGGACGAGUCGGGUGGAGGAGCCGCCGCCUGUGGAGUUCCACCAGCGGGUGCGGGCGGUGGUCCAUUUGCGCUCGGCUUCUGUGGCGGCCACGGAGCCGGUGGUCAUUUCUUCGGAGGUCAUGAAGGAGAGGAGCCCGAUGAGGAUUGUGGAGACUUCCCAGGCGGGGUUGAAGGAUUUGGGGUGGAAGUCGGAGAUGGAUAGGCAUAGCCGGGUUGAGGAUUGGAAGCGUCCCGAGGGUGUGUGCAUACGGAUCGCAGGCGGGGCGAAGGGGUAGUCCGGUGGGAAGAUCAGUGUGCCCCAGUACUGUCCGUUGUGGUAGGGUGUCUUCUCUGGGCCGGUGAUUAUGUAGUGCCAUCUGCGCCAUGUUAGUUUGGUAUCGUGGUCCGAGAAGUCUGAUGGACAUACUCGAGGAUGUUGGACUCGGAGGGAUGCGCCACAAUGUAUGGCGGCGGGUUCUCGGAUAUAGUCUUAUAUUCCCGGGUUAACUAGAAUGGUCAGCAUAUCCUCACGAGUAGUUCGGUUGGAGUGGCAAACCCGUUUGUUGGCUGCGCGGCUCGCCAUAUUGAGGCCGAGGGGGGACGAUGGCGUGGUGGGGGUUUUGAGUCGUGCUUUGAGCGAAAGUUUUCUGCGCAGAACGGUCCACCAGGGUGCAGGCGAUUAUUAAUGUUAAAGGGAAUGGUCGGAUCCAGGAGGUCUAUUGUAACAAAGAUUGCCGCGUCGAAAAUAUGUCCCAGGUUUUGGCCACUUGAAGGUUACUUUCACAGGCCGAAGCCAAUCAGCUGAUUAUAGUCAUGGCAUACCCGGAUAGUGACGGCGAGGUCUUCGCGGCCCUAAAUAGCGACAUUGACCCAAAGGUGCUCGAGGAGCGCGAGAAGGCAGUUCAAGAACGGGCUCAGGCGCAAUAUGCAAAGGCACAACAAAGAUUGCAAGAUUUGAUAUCUUCCAAUUCUACUCUUCCAGUUACCAUCUCAUCCAUCCGCGUUAUUGGAGCUACGAAUACCCGGAAAAGCUUCCUCGAUCGGCUGUUCGCUCCUAUACUGAGCGCAAACAAUGACAGGCCAUAUACUCUGCAGGAGGCCUUGCGGCUAGCGGGCAAAAGCGCCGACAAGCUGCGAAGAUUUGACAUUUACCAUGAGGGUGUUUCCAUGUUUAUCGACAAGCCCGACUCCACCGAUCCUCUAUCUACGACAUCCGACAUUGAUAUAUUCCUUGCGGUUAAGGAGAAGGGAAGGAUUGCUUUGAAGACUGGGACCGACCUUGGAAACACAGAGGGUUCGGCAUACGGCAACCUUCUCCUGCGAAACAUCUUUGGUGGAGCCGAAUCUCUUAACAUCAACGCCUCCGCUGGCACAAGAACAAGGUCGUCAUAUACCGCCACCUUCGACACACCGAUUCUGAGCGAUCCUGAUAUUCGGUUCUCGCUGGAUGGCUUUGCAAGCUCGACUCUGAAGCAGUGGGCUAGUCACGAAGAAGUUCUCAAGGGUGGUAACGCCAGGAUCAGAUGGGCCGAUGGCCAGAGCAGGCACGAGAUGGCAUACACAGGGGCAUGGCGACAGAUAACUGCCCUAGCAGCAAAUGCAUCUCCAUCCGUACGACAUGAUGCUGGUGAUAGCGUCAAGAGCAGCAUCACGCACACUUGGUUCAAGGAGAGACGGAACCACCCUUUCCUCCCGACAAGCGGUUACUUCAUGCGAACAGUUUCGGAACUAGCUGGUUGGGGCCCGUUGCAAGGAGAUGUGGCAUUCUGGAAAUCCGAAGUGGAAACGUCUGGAGCUGUCGCGAUUCCGCUGCCUGGGAAGGAGGACAGUGGCAUCUCGUUAACUGGAGGUCUCCGCGCUGGUUUACUGUACCCGUUGCCAAUCGGCACAGGCUCUGCACCACAGGCAUCUCGCAUCAAUGACAGAUUUCAACUCGGAGGCCCAACCGAUGUGCGCGGAUUCAAAAUUGGUGGCUUAGGGCCAAGAGACGGACCUGACUCCGUCGGAGGAGACGUAUUCGCUGCUGGUUCCGUGAACCUACUCUUCCCCUUUCCAAGAGUCGGAAAAGAUACCCCACUGAGGCUGCAAGUCUUUGCAAACGGCGGCAGACUCCUGGCAUUACAGCAAACGAAUGGAUCUACGUCGAACAGUGUCACUUCGACAAUUGCGAAGCUGGCAGAAGGCCUGCCCAGUCUGGCGGCUGGAGUUGGCAUAGUCUAUGCUCACCCAGCGGCGAGAUUUGAGCUCAAUUUCAGUUUGCCUCUAGUCCUCAGGAGAGGAGAGGAGGGGAGAAAGGGGCUCCAGUUCGGAGUCGGCAUCAACUUUUUGUAGGUCUAAGUGUAUGAUAUUACGAUGCUUGGAAAGCUUCAUUUAUUGAGGCUGGAGAUUGCCAAGCUAGAAUGGGACCGUUGGUGGAUCUUGGGUUCAUUUGUAUAAAUCUCCUAAUCUUAGAAAUCUCUGGGCGGGACGGAAAUGUCUUGGUUGUAUUGACCACAAUAUUUAGCAAGGACAGGACCUUGAUCUAUCAGAUUUUUGAUAGCAAUGAAGAGAGGGUAUGAUUAAGGUGAAAUAUCCAGCGGUAAUAGCGUUCAUUGAAAAAUGGUGGAAAUGAAAGUCCGUUCUUGUGAAGCUGAGAAGAAAGGGGCAGGGGCAAUGCGAAUACGACAGAAACCCCAGAUCGUGUG